UCCCGUCGAAGGCGGACGGUCACACUAGCACGCACAAAGUGUUUUUUUUUGUUUUCGCAACAUUCGGGAGUUCUGGAAAAAUGACUAGCUGCGUGCCAGCGCAGCAGGACAAGGACCAGGAGAAGUUGCUGGAGGCUCUGGCCUCCAGCAGCGACGAGAUGGACGACCCGGACGAGGCAGACAAGGACAAGCUCCAGCUGAUCGAGCCCACGUUCUCCUUUUCGAACAGUAACACCUGCUGGGUGUGCAACGGCUACUACGGGCCUAACUUCGGGGAGCCGCUUUGCGGUGCCUGCCACGCCUUCCUUUACAAUGCCCAGAGGGCGGAAGAGCUACUGACGGAGCUAUCUGACGACGAGGACUCCGGAAACGAUGAGCCGCCGUUUAAGGACAAGCAGGAGGACGAAGAGACUGAAAACGACGUGGACAUAAUGGGCUUUGAAGAUCUAGAGGAUGCACAGCCGCCGGCUGUCCAACAGCAGGCGGCGGUGGAGCCACAGGAACAGCAGCCUAACGUCCAGCCUGCCGAUCUGCCACAACAGGCGCCUCCAGAAGCGGUGCCCGCACGCAGGGAGACGCCGGAGCGCGACUUUGAGCACGAGCGAGCGUUGAAUCCCUUCUUGUUGCCCGUCAAGCGACCGCGGGCGACUGGACCUCUACCCCUCCCCCACUACAUGCACGAACUGGCCGAUGGACGGGCGCGCGCACACGAAUACAACGCGGCCAGCGGCAGUGGCGCAAGUGGGAGCAGCAGGAAUAUUGUUAAUAUAAUACCUGUCGAGGUGAUGCUGAAGAUAUUCGCCUACCUGGACGACAUGUCGCUGUGGAUGGCCAGUGAGGUGUGCAAACAGUGGCACGACAUCGUCGGCAAGAACACAGCACAGGGCAUGUGGAAGGCGUACAUAAAGCAGCGCUGGCCGUUGUUCGAGAGCUUGGCCGACAAUCCCGACUGGUACCAGCUUUACGGAGCUCUCAUGUCGUCCUGCUUCUGUCGAACUUGUCUGAUUGAAAUGGGCGGCAGGGGACAGGCGGCGGGGCAUCCGAAUCCGGAGCUGGGAGAACGCGAGCCGGGAAACGCGAUGCGCUACAACUUUCUGCGUGGUGAAGCCAAUCUGCUGAACAGCUACGAAUCGGAGGGCAUCUCGGCCAUUCCACUGGACCGGCAAAACAACUAUUGGCAGGCCACAAUCCUGGGGCCACCGGGUAGCCCCUACGAGGGUGGUAAAUUCUUUCUAUUCAUCUACUUUCCGGAGCGGUAUCCAAUGACGCCGCCGACAGUGCGAUUCCUCACCAAGAUCCUGCACCCAAACGUAUCGCGGCACGGUGACGUGGGCAUCGACAUCUUCCAGCAGCACAACUGGUCGCUGGCUCUGAACGUAGCCAAGGUGCUUCUGUCGGUCCAGAGCCUACUCACUGAUCCCUACACCGAGGUGUGCAUGGAGCCGGAGCUGGGAUACAUUUACGAGCACGAGAGGGAACGGUUCGAGCAGCUGGUACGUUCCUGGACCUGGAAGUACGCCAUGUUCGAGCUGAUUUCGCCGCGCUAGGCUCUAGGCCGUGGAGAGCGGCGCCCUAGGAGGACACUGGACUGAAAGUUGGAAACUAACCCCCUUUACGUUGUAACUACAUAUAUGUCUGUGUAUUUAGCUUAGUUGUGCCAUUCGGAUUGUUUAUUUUGGCCUUCCUCCUUAUCUCUCACUUCAACACGUCCCCCGCCUAGGUCACAACAUAGUCGAAAUUACUUAACCUAAUAAUAAACGUAUUCUCUAAGUUA